AUGAAGUUUCUGAGCGCUGCUUCCUUGGCCGCAUUUUCUGGUCUUCAACUGUUAGCGGCAGCUUUUGGACCUAAUGCACACUUCUUAUGCAGUCAGGAUCAUAAAAUAUAUAUAUCAGAAAUUCAUCAACAGGAAAACAGAAAGUAUUAUACGGCUGCGGAAACUAAUGAGCCUAGGGGGCCGAAUGGGGAGCAAUACUCAGCACACCGAUUUACCCGGGAAGGACUUAAUGGAGAAACCAUUCGCUACUUGAUCCAACCAGCUAUGGAAUACCCCCACAACCGAGUUUUUGAUCAAAUCGAGGGAGAUUGGCGACCCUGUUCGUACCAUGAAAGCUAA